UAGGUGCCGGGCAGGAUGGCGUGGGGAGGGCUGCCGGGCUGGGUGCCGAGGUCGAUCCCGCCGGUGCUCACCGCGGUGGCGAGCGGUGGGAGGCUGCGGGCGGGGCGCGGGGCGCGGGGCCGCCCCCGGAGGGAGGAGCCGCCCCCGCCCCCGCCUCGUCCUCGUCCCCCGUCGGCGGCGCGGCGCGGGGCGGGCGGCGCUCCCCGCCAGCGCAGCGGCAUGAAGGAGCCGUCGCUGCCCGGCACCUCGCUGCAGCGGGCCUGCCGCCUCCUUGUCGCCUUCUGCGCCCUCCACCUCUCGGCCACGCUGCUCUACUAUCUGGCGGGCAGCGCCCUGGGGCCGCCAGGCAGCCCCGAGCCGCCGCCGCGCCGCCCGCCGCCCGCCAACCUCUCGCUGCCGCUCUCCCGCCCGCCGCCGCCCACCGCCCGGCCCCGGCCCCCGCCCGCCUCGCCGCCGACGGGCCCCUGCCCCGACCCCUCUCCGCUGCUCGUUGGUGCACUGCGUGUGGAAUUUUCCCAGCCUGUGAACCUGGAUGAAGUGGCGAGAAUAAACCCAGAGGUCAAAGCAGGAGGUCGUUUUGCUCCAAAGGACUGUAUAGCACUUCAGAAAGUAGCAAUAAUCAUACCGUUCAGGAACCGAGAGGAGCACCUGAAGUACUGGCUCUAUUACCUGCACCCAAUUCUCCAAAGGCAGCAACUAGAUUAUGGAGUAUAUGUUAUCAACCAGGAUGGAGAAGAAGAAUUUAACCGUGCUAAACUGCUGAAUAUAGGAUUCGCAGAGGCUUUGAAAGAGUAUGACUAUGAUUGCUUUGUGUUUAGUGACGUAGACCUCAUCCCCAUGGAUGACAGGAACACCUACAAAUGUUACAGCCAACCACGACACCUCUCUGUAUCCAUGGAUAAAUUCGGAUUUCGGUUGCCUUACAAUCAGUAUUUCGGAGGUGUGUCUGCCUUGAGCAAAGAGCAGUUCACAAAAAUCAAUGGGUUCCCAAACAAUUACUGGGGCUGGGGUGGUGAAGAUGACGACAUUUAUAACAGGCUGGUGUUUAAAGGCAUGGGGAUAUCCCGUCCAGAUGCUAUCAUUGGGAAGUGCAGAAUGAUUCGGCAUUCCCGGGACCGAAAGAAUGAACCCAACCCUGAGAGGUGCGUCUGCCCUGUCCUGCGCAGAUUCAAGGGGCACCUCCUGCCCUUGCUGCUCCAGCUGCUAGGCUUUGCUCUUUGCUGUGCAAACAGCCCGAUUGUGGAAAGCCUGCAGUACGUUUCCUCCCUUGCUGACCUCUGUUCCUUGUGCUGUAAGCCACCCCCUUCCCCUCUCCAGUUUAUUACCUGAGUGCAGACCUUUUCCCCAAGAUUUCCCUAUGGCACGAACACGUCUCACCAGUGUGGGGGUUUUUUGUGGUUGGUUUUUUUGUUGUUGUUUGUUUUGUUUUGUUUGUUUCUUAAACGCAGCAAAUUAAGCUCAGAGCAAUUAUUUCCAGCUUGUCUUUGGCGUAUAAAACCUGGAAAAGGACCUGUGUGAAUUAAAAGCUUGGCUGCUUUUUUCUGGCUAAAAUUUGACCCCCUAGGGAUGCCUUUGCCCAAUGCUCAGGCUGGCCAAAUCUGGGAGUUUACGGGACCCAUACUGAUACUCGGGUUGUUCGUAAAACACCGGAGAUGCCGCCUGAGAGGAAAGGCUAUAAGAAGUUCGGGUUGUUUAAACAUUUUUUUUUUCCGUUUUUUUCUUUCUUUCUUUGUUUUUUUAUUUUCCCCCUCCUUCCGCAGGUUUGACCGAAUUGCUCACACAAGGGAGACAAUGAGUUCUGACGGCUUAAAUACACUAUCUUACAAGGUGUUAAGAACUGACAAGUAUCCUCUGUAUACAAAGAUCACAGUGGAUAUUGGCUCACCAAAUAGCUAACAUCACAGACACAGAGAGACCUUGCCUACGUUUCCCAGGACAUCUGGCCUCAGUGAUGCUUUAGAUCUGCUGGUUUUAUAACAGUUGCAAUGAAAAGAAAAAAAGAAAAAAAAAAAAGACCUCUUUUGGCAUGCCAAAGUGUCUCCAAAUUGUUUGGACAAGUGCUUUAUUUUGCCUUUUUUUUUUUUUUUUUAAUUCCAAACUUCACUUUACACAACUUUGUAGCUCUCCAUUGUUUUGUAAGUCCAGAAGCUGUACAUAAGAGUUGUAAAUAUUUACUUUGCCAGAAAAUGUUGAAUCUGAUCUAUUUGCUGCAGUGCUCCCCAUGUUGAGUAAAUUGCUGGACCCAAAUUUUACUGAUUACAACUGUGAUGCAUCAGCAAUUACUGCCCGUGAUAUUUUGAUAUUUUAAAUGAGGUGGAUGAAAACAUUCUUUUUAAUUAAUGCCUGGUUUUACUUUAUGAAGGACUGUAAAGUGCUGCUAAAAUUGUACAAGUUUACGCUUUGCAUUAGAUUAUUUUUUUAAUGGGGACAAUAUCAUACAUUUUUUCUCAUAGUGACCAAAACAAACAUCUUCUCUGUGUGCAGAGCAAGUGUUGAAUAAUCAAGUCUGGAUUCAAUGAAUGUCAUUAUUUCUUUUAAUCUCAAAGGAGGCUUUGAGUGAGUUGAGCCAGAAUUUGCCAGUGAGCUCUCUGCACACGGUGGGAGCUACACAGAUGGCACCAGCAAAAACCGCUGGCUUCAGAUAACCUUACUUCUGGAUGUGACAGUGACUUUUGCCUCAGCACACCACCUGGGGUUUUUUAGGGGGGCAGAGGGAGGUGGUUUGGGGUUUUUAUGUUUUUUUCCCCUGAAAUAAAGAUGAAUUAAUUUAAUUGCGCGAUGAAAUCGUGGCCUUAAAAUUUGCUGACAUUUCUUAACAGUCGUAGAAAGUUACCACACUAUUUAAACAUUCUCUGAAGCUUCCUAAAAACAAAAUUUUUCUUUCAAAGUCAUGCAUAAAACUUGAAUUCACUUAUUACUUUUGUUGUUGUAACAUUUUAAUAACUUUUUAAAGUAAUUUGUGUAUCAUAAGCAAUAUAUUUAAUACCAGAUUAAUCUAGGGUGCAGCAUAAUAGGAUAUGAUUCAAAGCCUCCUUUAUCUUCAGACUAGUAGGCUUUUUAUGUGCAUCAUAUAUAAGCUGUGUAUUGUAUUUGCUCUGUGUAUUUGUCCAUGAGAUCUCCUGCGGUGCUGAGAUAUUCACAGCAGGGCUGACAUCCAAUCGAUUUUUCUUUGCCUAAAGCCUGUUGCAAUGUGUGUCCUCUGUCCGGAAACUCCCUCCUGAUUUUCUCAGGCUCUGAGGGACAUGCACGUUUUGGAAUACUACUUUUUGUCAGAGCACCACCUGUACAGACACCCCGCUUUUCCUUCCCGUGACCGUAUGGAAGCCUCAAGCGCUGACACCCUCGGAGCUGGUUUAAGUGAUUUAAAGCUCAGCCAGAAAUGAGAACUGAAUUCCUUCUGGCAAGUACUUUGCCACCAGCUCUGACCACAGCAAUUUGCACUUCCUUGGCCUGUGCUGAAGGCUGUUGAAAUCAGGGACGCUCAUUGUAUUGGGGAUCAUCUUCAGCACUGCCUCUUUUUUUGGUGGGUUUUUUCUUUUUUCUUCUUUUUUUUUUUUUUUUUUUUAAUUGAGACCUGAAGGUUUUGCUGAACCCUUGCACUGCAGGGGUGGGAUCCUGCAGAGGCUGGGGGAUAGUGGGUUCCUUCUUACACCAGCAGAGGCUCAAAGUAUGCACGCAGACUUUAAUUACUAGGGAGACACCCAGCUGCCUUUUCUUUCAGUGUCACUUUGAAAAAGUGUUCACCCCCUUUGCUUGAAAGCUGUUUCUGGCCAGAUUGGCUGCUUCAGUCGUGCCGGGAGCUGAGCGAAGGUGACCUUGCAUGGAGCAGCAGCAAAGUGCAAGGAAGCAGGCUUGUGUUUAAGAGCCACUCUCUUGUGCUUAUUGUUGCAUUAAAAAAAAAUGACUCCUUUUUGGCAGGCCAGGCUCCAGCUCUUGCAGAUACAAAGGAGUACAAGAAGAGGAUGUGUUGCAGAAGUCAGGUCAAAUGUGUACCUGUAGAACAUUGGUGUAGCUGUAGUCUGCACCAGUAAUGGAGACACAGGCAAGGACUUUUUUUUUUUUUUUUUUUAAAAAAGGUGCCUUAGAAGCAGGGCCCCACUCCCACAGUGGUGGCAGACCAGCACCAAAACUCAUCGAGGCCCCACUGAAAAUCCCAGGUCUCUGCAGAGAGCACCUUAAUGUUGUGCUGAGCCUUUUGUAAGUUGAAUCAGAGAGUUGGGAUCUUCAGCUGUAGUGGUGUCUGUCUGCUAACAGGCAAAGGGGCUACCUGUUGUAAUCGAGUGGUUGGUUUGGGGGGUUCCUUCCCUUAGGAUUCUCUGAAGAUUAGAAAAAAGUUAGUGUAACAACUUGUUGUUUUGCUAUAUGGUGAAAUCAUUGAGUGUCAUGGAGGUGGUCUGAGCACUUGUUUCCAGCUGUUGGAAUCAAAGGUUUCUACACAUGUGCCUUGAAAGAGGGGAGAAAUGGAAACUGGAAAAUCAGGAAACCUGAAAACCAUUUUCAGCAGAGAUAUGCUAGCAGUGCAAGAAACUGUCACUUAGUUUCUCUGCUACUGCUAAAGCCACAAGCCAUGUCAAAACCGAAGCUGCCUUUUGUUGCUUGUUUGCCCUUCGGUGCUGACCCGUGAUUUCCAGAUCUCAUUGUCCCUGUGUAAACUGUAUCAGUCAAACUCGCAAAAUGCUCUUGACUCAACCUGGCCAUGAAAUUUCUCUCCCUGGGACUUUUCGGGGGCCUUUUCUACAAACACUCAUGGUGCACAGAAGUGAAUUCUGGCCAUGACCUGUGGUGGGUGGUGUUUUUUCCUCUCCCGUACUGGUAGCAACACUCAAAGUGAUACUGUGUGUAACGGUUGAAACCCAGAACAAAUUACUGCAAAGGAAAUGCUAAUGCUGGGUUUCUUUGGGAUUACUGUUUGCUUGUUAGGAUGAAGGAGGGUCCUGGCAUGCAGCUUUUCCUGGGAUGUUACUUGUAUACUGGACUGCUUGUGGGUUUCCUGUAGAUGGUUUUGCAUUUGCAUUUUUAUCAUUUAUAUAUCAAUGGAUGUAUAAUCUAAUGUUCCUACUUUACUAUUGAUGUCAAAUAAAGUAUUUUCAGUUAUGA